GUUUGAUACUUGAAAUAUUUUUCUUUGGAUAGUUCUUACAUUAAAAUGAACGGCCCGUUCGAGAAUUGCACACAACCAAAUGCGAAGAUUAAUUGUUUGGGAAUUGAGGUUUGAAUUUUACCUGAAACCUUUAAUGAAAUUCUCUGUUAUACAUUUUCUUUUUUCCCUUUAAAUUGCAACAAUAAAACACUUCCAUGUCAGAUAAUAUAUUUUCAUCGAAUCUACGUUACAAUGUUGGUUGGUAUAAGGAAAAUGUUAUGAUUCCAAAAUGGAAUCACAAAAUGAAUGGAAAUGUUAUUUAAAGACAAAAAGAUUGAGUAGAAACAUUGUGAAUAAACUUAUCAGAAGAGAGGCAUUUGGUAUUAAACCAUGUACCAAUGUGUAUUAUACUAGAAAUUUGUUGCAAAGUAUUGUUCCCAACUUUACCAUUAUUAAUGUGGAAAAACCACCAUGUUUUUUGAGAAAAUUUAGUCCAGAUGGUCGUUAUUUUUUAGCUUUUUCAGCUGAUCAAACUUCAGUAGAAAUUUAUACCUUUAAUGGCUCUUGUGCUGGUGGCUCAUUAUUACAAGGAUAUAGAGGUGAUUAUGUUGGGAACAAAAAUGACAAUGGAAGUGAAUACAUUAGGUCAGUGUCAUUUUCCACGUACUUUAAAACAAAAUGUGUAGUAAAUAUUACUCACAGUGGUGAGCAGUUAAACCGUGAGUGUAGUCUUUUUACUGAUGAUGGAAGGUAUGUUAUUGUUGGUUCUGCGCAAUAUAUUACAGAUGAUUUAAGACCUAGUUUUUAUGAAAUAUUUAGCAACAAUGAAGCUACAACUCCGAAUCCACGUUCACCACUCGAAGACUACAGCCUUCAUAUCGUUGACCUUCAACAAGGUAAACUCUGUGACACUAUUGAGUUUAAGGUAGACAAGAUAUAUUUGUCUCAUAAUCAAGGAUUAUAUUUAUAUAAAGAAACUUUAGCUGUUUUGUCAGUUCAACAUCAAGCUAUACAUGUUUUUCACAUAAUCGAUGGUACCUUCAUAUCUAUCAGGAGCAUUGGGCGGUUUUGUUAUGAUGAUGAUCAUUAUUUAUUAUCCAAUGUUUAUUCCCAAACUACACAUGUAACAUUUCCUCAUCGAGCAUUUAGAGAGACAGCUAUAAAUUCUUUAAAGCAUCGUCUUCUGGUUUAUUUGUUUAAACAAGCUUUAUGUUUAAGCAAUGGCUCAGGAAGUCCUGAUCCAAUUAGACGAUUUUACCUCAAUUUUGAACAGAUAAAACAGCUUAGGAUAUGGAAGAUGCAGCUUCUUGAUGAAUUUCAUCUGCUUAUAAAAUAUGCUUCAGAAGAAGUUGUUACAUUUAAAGCAUCAGAACCGAAUUCUCAGCCUUCUUUUUUUGUAUUUUACAAUAUGAUCACAACUCAAGUUUUGGCAGUUUUUGAAAAUACUUCUGAAGAAAUGUUAUAUCUUUUGGAAAAUUUUUGUGAUUAUUUUCGAAAUGCACGAUUACAAAGUGGCUCUCUCUUCUUAUGUUCACCUUCAAAUAAUCUAUAUGCAAGAUUAGCUCAACAAAGAUUUAAGCAAACUAUUGUUAUAGCACGUUAUGGAGGUUACACCGAGGCAAUCAAAAGAAUGUUAGCUCAGUUACCGAUCAGUGCUCAGUCUUAUAGCAGUAGCCCUUAUUUGGACUUGUCUCUUUUCAGUUAUGAUGACAAAUGGGUUUCUGCAAUGGAAAGACCAAAAGCAUGUGGUGAACAUCCAAUAAGGUUGAAAUUUUAUUCAAGAGAAUCUGGAUCACUUCACUUUAAAAUUUAUGCGGGUUUAAUUGGUAGAAGUGUGCCUCCUGCUUCACGAAGACUAGUGGCAUUUACAUUUCAUCCUUCAGAACCUUUUGCUAUCAGUGUACAGAGGACUAAUUCUGAUUAUAUAGUUAAUUUUCAUGUCAGGCUUGAUCAGUGAAUUUUCAUGCGCAGGUAGUUUUUUUUUUUUUUAUUUAAAAGUUUUAAAAAAUUAAGUCAUUGAUUUCCUGCCAUUAGUGUUUUCUUUCAUUCACAGAUUUUAUAAAAUGGUGUGGAAUUGAGAUAUCUAUGUCUGUACUUCAAGUUUUCCAAAAAAUAAAUAAAUAAAAUAAUAAUAUAAGAAAAAUAAUAAAUGAUUUUUUUUCAUUGGUGUCACAUUUUGCCAAACAUAAUUUUUGUUUAUCCUUGUUAUCAUGUUUUCUGUUGAUUAAUUUAUCUUCAUAAACUUUAGUUUUUAUUUUUGUUGUUGAAUUUUCAUUAUUAUGUUUUUUUGUUUGACAAUUAAUCUUUAUGAUUUAUUUUUCAUUGUUGAUAACAAGUAGCAAUAAAUUGUUAAGAUUUUUUUUUAAUCGGUUUUACAUAUCAAUUGUGAAUAUUAUAGUUUUCUGAUAAACUAGACUGUCAUCUUGGACCCUUUAAAUCCUCUCUUCUCAUUUUUUUUUUACCUUGUUUUACUCUAUAAUACUUAUAUAUUUAAAUAUAAUAUGAAUUUUCCAUCUACCCAAGGGUUUUAGUUAGUAAAAAUUUAAAUUGCUGGUUUAGCAUUUAUAUUCUUAGUAUAAUUUGAAGAAAAAAGUCUUGAUGUGUAAUUUAAAAUUAUAUACAUUACAUAUUUAUAUGAUAAUCAAGUACAUCCCUAAAAACUUUUGUUGCUAAUUUAUAUUUUAUUCAUGAUCAGUGCCU